CUAGCACUAGCCUUGAGUGCCGACACUUGCUGAGCCUACAGGUGCGUAUAAGACACUCUCCCGACUGAGCGUACUUCAUUUGUUGGAUACUGCACAGUCAGAUACGGCCAGCUUGAAGUGAACAUGGCGUCACCAGCCGACUCUGCUGGAGAUGCACUGCGGCAGCAAGAUACCAAUGCUUAUCAAUUCCGGACAGAUAUGACACCUGAGCAAAAGAAGCAAGAAGCACUCAAGGCUCUACCCGCUGGCGCAAAGAUUCACAAGGCAAACAGGGCUGAAGCAGUCGUCACAGACCAGGAUGCUGGCCAAACAUUGCCGAACUUGCCUCCCGUUCUUGGUGGACCAGGGAAUGGUGCCACCAACGCUGGUACAAGUGGUGCAGCACAGACUGCGACAUCGCCACCUCAAGUGGAGGGUGCGCUAAUUGGUCUUAAGCAAGGCAUCAAGCAAAUUACAGAUGCCAAGCCCACCAAAGCUGGCUGGGCUGAAGUGGGUGGCGGUUCCCUAGAGGAGUACCGUCAGCUGAAGAAGGAGGAGGAUGCCGGUACUGGUGACGAUGAAGUACGCGAACAUCAGACAUUCGUCGAGGGUAUCCUUCCCGCAAAUUUGUAUGGCGAGUGGUAUCACAAUGUCGCUCUGAUUCUCUUUGCCUGUCUGAGUGCGUGGGUCGUCGGCAAGCUCGGUCUAGGCAUCAUUUAUGUGAUCAUCUUGAUGGCCAUUUGCAGCACCUACUAUCGGACGUCCAUUCGUGCCCAGAGACGCAAUGCGCGAGACGACAUUGUGCGGUCGCUUGCCAAGCAACGUCUGGAAACAGAGGUCGAGACGGUGGACUGGAUGAACACCUUCCUGGACAAGUUCUGGGUCAUUUACGAACCUGUUUUGAGUGCUUCCAUUAUCGCCUCUGUGGAUCAAGUGCUUGCGACGACAGCGCCAGCUUUCCUGGAAAGUAUGCGCCUUGCUAGGUUCUCACUGGGAACCAAGCCACCACGGAUGGAGCAUGUCAAGUCGUAUCCUCAGGUGGAGGACGACAUUGUACUGAUGGACUGGAAAUUCUCCUUUACGCCCAGCGAUGUUGAGGAUCUUACGACACGCCAAAUUCGAAACAAAACGAACCCAAUUGUCGACCUCGCUAUUCGCUUGCCAGCUUUGUCGAUCGUCGCAGGUGAUUGGAACAUUCUCGUGGAAGAGCUAGCAUUUUCAGGCCAGAUGCAAGUGCGCCUCAAGCUCAUGAAUGAUUUUCCCCACAUCAAGCAAGUUGAUUUGUCCUUCUUGCAAGAGCCAACCUUUGGCUUUUCGCUUGAUGCAAUUGGCUUUGACAUCAACAAGCUGCCAGGUAUUGCAGGCUACAUCAAAUCAAUUGUUCACAGCUCUCUUGGCCCCAUGAUGUAUGCACCCAAUGUUUUCUCCCUCAACAUCCAACAAAUGCUGUCUGGUGCGCCUAUCGAUAGCGCUAUUGGCGUCGCUUACAUCACUAUCCACUCUGCGACCAAUUUGCGCAAUACGGACAAACUUGCCGGCAAGCCUGAUCCGUACAUCAAGCUCGUCUUGGGCACUGCCGGUGAAAUGGGUCGUACGCAGCGUGUUGAAAGUAAUGCCAACCCACGAUAUAAUGAGACGAUUCCAGUCUUGCUCACUACGCUCAAGGAACCACUCAGUCUGGAGGUCCUCGACUUCAAUGACAUCAGGAAGGACAAGUCUCUAGGUAUUGCUACGUUUGACCUGUCCAAGCUUGAAGCGGACGCUGAACAGGAGUACCUGUCUGAGCCUGUGAUCAUCAAUGGCAAGCCACGAGGUGAAGUACAAUUCAGCAUCAGCUAUUACCCAGUCAUCAAGCCGGUGACCCUUGAAGACGGGACUGUUGAGCCAGUACAAGAGAUGGAGACUGGCAUUGUUCGCUUCACCGUGGUGCAAGUCAAGGAUAUUGACGGUGUCGCCAGUCGUUUGAAUCCUGAAGCUGCAAUUUUGCUCAAUGGAAAGGAGAUUCACAAGAGUCAAAAAAUGAAGCACACAAAGAAUCCCGUGUUUAGCUUUAGCAAGGAGAUUCUCAUCACUAAACGUUCAAAAGCUGUUCUUGGCUGUCAGAUUCGCGACGAUGGCGACUCUCUUGGAGCUCUUCAGAUAAAGCUGGAUGACCUUCUCAAGCGACUCGACGAAGGCGAGGAUUGUUUCAGGCUGAGUGGCUCGACAAGCGGCAGGGUCUUUUUGAAUGCAACAUGGAAGCCUGUCAACAUGGCCGGACGUCAGGACGGCAAAAGCUACAUCGACCCAGUCGGCGCUUUGCGCGUUGAAGUCAAGCGGGCGACGAAUUUGCGAAACAUGGAGCUUGGCCUGACCGGCGGCAAGUCUGACCCUUACGUCCGUGUUUUAGUUUCUGGAGUCAGCAAAGCACGCACGGUGACCUUCAAAAAUGAGCUCAAUCCAGUCUGGAAUGAGAUUGUUUAUGUGCCUGUACGUCAUGCAAAAGAACGCGUCGUGCUGGAGUGCAUGGACCACGAGCAGCGUACCAAGGAUCGCUUAAUUGGCUCAGUCAAGCUCGAUCUGGCAACGCUUGUCCGACAAGAUCCCAUCUCGGGCGAGUAUCUGACACAUGAGAGCAAUACUACGGUUGCAAGCGGUCUAGUGGACGAAAAGGGUUCUACCAAUGGUGUGCUCGAGUACAAUGUUCAAUUCUUCCCGUGCCUCAACAUCAUGUCUCGGGAGGAGCAAGAAACAGCUGACAAGGAAGCCGCUGAAGAAGCCAAAAAGGCUGCAUUGCACGCAUCUAGUGGGUCUGUGACCGCUACGGGCGAAGAGGCUAUCCCCGGCUCCGGCAAAUAUGUAGCUGCGACACAAGUCGGCUCUCGGAACAGCACAGACGGUGCACCGUUCACUAAAGGUCAUACCACAUUGGAUAGCACGUCAACAAACGCCACUGCACUGGCGACCAAGCGACUCAAACUUCGACUAAGCAAGGAUGAGCUCCUGACAUACGACUCUGGCUUCCUCAUUUUCGAUAUCAUCGAAGGCAACGUCAACCAAGUCGGCUGUUACCUACAAAUUCUGUUUGAUGAUUAUGCUCACCCCGCGUACGUCACCCAAAAGGCACGAAGCAAGCAUGUCAAAUGGGCCGAAACGGGCGAGGGCUUUGUCCGGGAGCUUCAAGCUUCCAAUAUCUUCAUGCGACUGAACAAGGAACAACACGGUGAUGCCGACGACGUGGUGGCCAGUGCUGACUCCUCUACGUUGAGCAUCCUCAGGCGUGCAUUCGAUGAACCUGUCACUGUUCCGCUUAAAGACAAGGAAGGGCGUGUCAACUCUGUCACUUUCAAAUUGCGCUAUAUCCCCGUCAAAAUGCGGCUCGACCCUGUUGAAAGCGUCAAUAAUAUGGGACGCUUGCGAGUGGAAGUCCUCUCUGGCCACAAGCUGCCAGCAGCCGACAAAUCUGGCAAGUCAGACCCUUACUGCAGGUUUUUAGUCGACAACCAUGAAGUGUACAAAACGGAGACCAAAAAGAAGACACUCGACCCUACGUGGAAUGAGCCAUUCGAAUGCGAUAUUGCAUCCCGCAUCACGGGAUCAUUCAGGGUGGAAUGCUACGACUGGGAUCUCGCUGGAACAGACGACUUCUUGGGUGCCGCAGAGAUUUCGCUUGCCGAGCUUGAAGCAAUGAAAUCCUCUACGGUGGAGGUGGCCCUCGAUGGUACAUCUGGCACUAUCAAGCUCCGCCUUUUAUUUACACCUCAAUUUGUGCAACGCUCGAGGCGUGGUAACACGACGCGAGUUUCGACGAUUGGGAGCUCAGUGGUCAAGGCGCCAACGCGCGGUGUCAAGGGCAUCGGCGGCGGCUUUGCGAAAGGUGCUUCUUUCCUACGAGGACGCAGCAACUCGCAGAAAAAUGAAGUCCCAAUGUUGGCUGUCGACGAAGCAGAACCUGUCCCACCUCUUCCAACAACGCCGAAUCGCAAUGCGCAGCUGGUUGCGCCCAUGAGCGCUAAUUCUGACAUGGCGAGUGCUCGACCGUCGAUGAGCUUGGCCAACGGCGAUGCUGGUCUCUUGUCCUUUACCGUUCUCCGAGGUUCAGGCUUCGCAGACGGCAAGAAGAUUCAAGUUAAGGUGCGCACGAUGGGAUCUGGCCGGGAAAUGCUCAAAACGGAUGCCGUCAAAGGCCCUAGUCCAGUGUGGAAGGAUGAGCACGGUAAGACCAUGUGCAGCGGUAGCGAUCAGCUAGUCAUUCAAGUCAGGGAACACAGUACAUUUGGAACUGACAAGGAGAUUGGGGAAAUCACGGUUCCGGUAGUUGACAUUGCUGCUGCUGGAGGCGCCGGUCUCGACAAGACUCUGACAAUUGGUGAAGACGGAUCGACAUUGCAAGUGCAGGCCACUUUUGUGUCGUCUGACCAAGCCAGUAUGGUGUCCAAGAAGCGAGUCUUCUCUGGCCUGUCUAUGCUGCGGAACCACGAUCGCGAAUGAACAGUCUAGUCAAAUUUCCAUUACUUCUGGUUCUGCUUUCCAGAUAUGUAUUGUUAUAGCAUUUCUCAAGUGUGUAGUCUGAACGUGAAUCGUAAAUGACCUGAUCACGAGACUGUUGAGUGCUUUGUGGAGAUGCCUUCGCUCGGAAGGCUUGCAACUCCUUCCAAUACAUUUGCGGUCCUGUCUGCCCGCUCGCUUCUUAGCUGAUCUUCA